GAUAGUGAUUUCCGAGAAAGAUGGUCAGGCAUGUUUCUGUUCUCCAAUUCUUCCCCCCGGGAAAGCGGCUUCCCCACUCCUUAUUCAUGCAGAAGACCAUUUAUCGCCUGAUAGAGCCUCGAUUUUUCAUGGGGAAAUGAACACUCUCCCCAACAUCUAAUUUGGCUGGCAUUUUAUUGCAGAACGACAAGUCUAGUCAUUAAUACAUAUUUUUCAGUGUUAUUUUCAUGUUGGAUUUUAGACCCAAGCACUUCAAAUCCCAGCUUGCAUUUUCCGAUGGGGUCAAUCUGUGAAGUUCUGGAGGUUCCAGAAAACCAGAAGGUCGAGGUGGUGCCGAAGACAAUUUUCAAUCAUGGCUUCGCCCGAAUCGCAGAGGAAUUGACGCCGAUACUGCACGAAUGGAUAGAUCGCCCUCUUUCUGUCGUUGAGUUCCAGCCAGAUCCAGAAGAAUUCUUUAAGUGCAAAGGGCUUCCAAAAUACACCAUCGAGCAGCUCUCCUCGAUUUCCUAUGGACGAGGAGACCAGUUUAUUUUAGACUUCGGUUCUCACCGGGUUGGCUACCUUUCUUUUCAUUUGAGUGUGGAUGGUGUCAAUAUCGAUGCGCCUGCUCGAUUACGGAUCACGUUCGGCGAAAUACCGUAUGAUGUUACCGAUAAUCUUCACCCAUGCAACACUUGGAUCAGCACGAGCUGGCUCCCGGACGAAGUCAUAAACGUGGACUGGCUCCCAACAGAUGUCGAAAUGCCACGAAGAUACGCAUUUCGCUAUGUCAAAAUCGAAAUCAUUGACACUUCUCAAAAAUACAAGAUCCGUUUUUCAGACAUCAAAAUACGAGCCGUGAGCGCCGUGUCGCCUCCCACGAUGUCAGGUGUCGAUAUCUUGAAAACCAGCGAUAAAGAACUUGUUUCCAUUGAUCGAAUCAGCCAAGAAACCCUUCGGAAUUGCAUGCAGACAGUGUUCGAAGAUGGACCACGACGAGAUCGAAGAUUAUGGAUGGGUGAUUUACGGCUUCAGGCUUUGACCAAUUACUGUACGUUCAAGGAUUACAGCUUGGUCAAGCGCUGUUUAUACAUGUUCGCAGCGCUUCCUCGUGAGGAUGGCAGUAUUCCUGCUUGCGUUUUCGAGAAACCAAAGCUUUCUGCGGCCUCGGAUUACAUUGUGGACUAUGACGCACUAUUUGGCCCAACUGUUUACGAAUAUACAGUUGCGUCUGGGGAUGUGCAAACCGCAAUUGAGCUCUGGCCCACUGUUAUAAGCAGUAUGCAGAUGGCAUUAUUGCAUCUAGAUAAGGCCGGAAAAUUCAAUCCUGACGCAACUAAGGCGUGGAAAUUUCUGGAUUGGUCCAAGGGAUUAGAUACCGCAGCUGGCAUGCAUGGCGUCGUGCUUUUCUGUUGCAAGGAAGUCAACAAAUUGGCUUUACUUGUCUCAAAACCUCCGCCAUUUUUGGAUAUUGUAGAGAAAAUGACAGCGGCUGCAAUGUCAUUCUAUGAUCCAUCUCUUGGGGUCUUUGUCAGUGGCCCUGAUCGCCAAAUUUCGUGGAUAAGUCAAGCAUGGCUCGCCCUCGCCGGAGUCGCUGAUGCUGAAACUUGCCUUACUGCAAUCAAGGCCGCCAUGGCGAACCCAGAAGCUGUCAAACCCCUCACUCCUUACGCAUACCACCACGUCGCUGAAGGUCUUGCUCGUUGUGGUGGUCAAGAAGACUGCUUGAAGUUGAUGCGUGAAUACUGGGGAGGAAUGGCUAGAGCAGGUGCGGACACAUUCUGGGAAUUCUUUGAUAGUGAAGAUCCAAGAAGCAGUCCAAUUUAG